CGCCUGCCAAGUGGCAAACCUAAAUAAUUGACCCCACCGUGCGGUUCUCAGUGCAAACAAUUUACACCCGCGUAAAUAACACCGGUUCUUUCUUUCUCCCUCGCUCUACCUUUCCUACCGCCCGCCUUCGUAUUGUGACCGCGCCGUGGAACGCGUGGCUGACGCGCGAAUUCGUCCGCGGGAACGUACACGACACGAAAACAAUAAUAGGACGCGUUGAAAUUGAAACCGCGAGUGACUGGAAAGCGUAACUGCUUUUCAAACGUUUUGACAAUUCGACGUUGUGAAGGGACUGUGUUCAUUUCGAAGGAUACUUAAUCCACGGUGAAGUGAAUGGACUAGUUCAUGAUGUUCGCGUGAUCAUCGUACAGUAACCCAUGGAUCAGACAGUGAUCGUUCCGUCGAGUCGCGGUAGCACCGGGGAGAACGCGAGGAUCCCGAUGAAGAACGAAUCGGAGUCGAGCAUGCAUCUCCAAGACCAGACGACGACCGUCGCUCAUUCUAACUCCGCAUCGGUGGUCCCUAGGACGAACAGUUUAUCGAUAAGUAACAGUCUGAGCCAGGACCAGAGCCUGGACCCGCUGAUGUGCAAUCCGUCCAGCACGGAAUUGCCCAGAAAGCCAGGAGCGCGGCGUCAGGAGAAGCCACCGUACUCAUACAUAGCAUUAAUUGUGAUGGCGAUCCAAUCGAGUCCCGGGAAGAGAUUAACCCUUUCGGAAAUCUACUCGUUCUUACAACAACAUUUUGCGUUCUUCCGAGGCGCGUAUCAAGGCUGGAAGAACUCCGUGCGUCACAACCUGAGCUUGAACGAGUGCUUCAUUAAACUACCGAAAGGAUUAGGGAGGCCGGGUAAAGGCCACUACUGGACGAUCGACCCGUCGACGGAGUACAUGUUCGAGGAGGGUAGUUUCCGUCGACGUCCACGAGGUUUCCGUCGCAAGUGCCAGGCACUGAAGCCCCAGUACCCGCAAUACUUCUCCGGGAGCGGACCGGUCGGCGUCCAGACGCCCGGAUACGAGAAUCUGACGCCUGGAAGUAUGGAAUACGCGAACGGGUAUCAGAAUCAGUAUCAGAAUUAUCAAGAAUACGCGAUGUACGGGCCCGGAGCCGCGGUCUCUGCCGAUUGGGCGUAUCCUGAAACCACGUAUAAGACACCACCUAUAGCGGAAGUGACGUACAAGACGACGGAAGUUACGUACAAAACUGGGGAACCGUCGGUUUAUAGAAAUGGGGAGAUAGUGGCGUUUAAGAGCGAGCCAACAGGGUACGCGGCGAGGAGUCAAGAACAACUGGGUUACAGAGCGACGGAUGGGUUCUCUGUCAAGGAUCACCAACAGCAUCAUCCGGAGUCGAUCUACAAGGAGAACGAGUCUAUAAUGAGUUACAAGUGCCCGUCGAAUCCUGCGCCCACUACUCAGGCACCGGGACAGGAUUAUUACGUCGGUUACGGACUUGCCGGGGUCAAUAGUACCGGAAACAAUGUCAACGUUUCUAUGCAAGGGAUCCCGGAACAAACUGGGAACAGCAGCCCCAUAGGGAACGUCAAUUCACCGCACAGCGGGUGCCAGACACCUGUCACGGAUAAUGGCUUGAAAAUGCAAUGUUCGAACUCGAACUCGAACAGCUCCGGAGGUGGACUGAUCGACCGCAAGCCGUCCUACUUCGGUCAUCCAGCCGGCUCGGUUGCUCUAAGCUCGUUAAGCUCCCUAAGCUCGCUGAACUUGAGCAACAUCGGUGGCCUGAGCAUAUCGAACAUACCGGGUACGGUUCCCUCGAACAUUCAUCACACGACGACGACGCCAUCGACGACCAUGUACUACGAUCAGAUCAAGUACAGUAUGUGA